AUGAGCAACACCACCGACCUUAAGGCCCUUUGCGCUACCUUGUUGGAACAAGAAGCCAAACUUCAGUUUACCAAGUUUACUUCUGAAGAUGCUCUUCAACUUGGUCUCAAGUUGAUCGAAAACGCCAAGGCAUACACUCGUCCCGUGCUCGUUGAUAUUACUCUUGCUGGCCAUCAACUUUUCCACUAUGCCAUGCAAGGCACUGGUCCCGAUAAUAACGAAUGGGUCCUUCGUAAAAACAAAACAGUGAUGCGUUUCCGUCACUCAAGCUUCUACAUGGGCCGCUACUGCGCCAGCCAGAACAAGACCCUUGAGGAAAAGUAUUAUGUAAGCGAGCAAGAAUACGCUGCACAUGGCGGUGCAUUCCCCUUGAUCAUCAAGGAUGUGGGUGUUGUUGGUACUAUCACUGUCUCUGGUCUUGCUCAAGAGGACGAUCAUGCCUUGGUUGUUCGUACUGUGCAAGAAUAUAUUGGACAAUAA